UCUCGGUGUUGAGAUUGAUCAACCGUUCUAGCGACUUUUGGAACAGGCUGAUAUUGGCACGUGCUGGGAGCAGAUGUUUCCUGACUGUGGGCGUAGGAUGUCUACGUCCACCGCUGCCGAUCGUCAACUCCACCCUGAGCAGCAAGUGAUCAGAGUCCAAAUCCGAGCUUGAACGGAUACUCAGGGAUAGUGUGUGGCACCACCGGUGGCCAGCAAAUUGCAGCCGUUGUUGGUGUGUACAGCCUCCAUCAGUGCUUUCCCUCUGGCGCAUCCACGGACAUUUCCCCACCACAUAUGCUUCGCGUUCCAGUCACCGCAUACAAGGAAGCCGGAUGCUGUUUCUUCGACGCAGAGUUCUUCAAAAUGUCUUAUCAAUCCAUGAAGACGAUGACAGGUGCACUCUGGAUGAAUGGCUUUGAAAUUGGCUGCAGUGCAGAGUGGGUGACAUCGUCCCGGAACAGGAUGGCUACUCCCCCUCUGCGAUCGUUUGCCGGAUUUUGUGCAGUGAAAACUUCGACCUCGUUCAACUUGUUUGUCACACCACACGCGUUCCAGAAGGCAAUUUUAAAAGAGUUGUGGGUGGAAAUAGUCUGUACUGGAUUGACUUUUUGGUUUGACAGGCUAUUCGGGACUGGACUAAACAUAGAAGGCAUCAUUGGCGGAGGACAGGACCAUGUCCAAAGAGUUUGAAAAUAGACUAUCGAUUUUGGCCUCAAGUCUUGAGAGAAA